UUGUCGUCAUCAUCGUCGUCUUCGUCGUCGUUGUUCGUCAUCACAUGUAUGCCAUCCAUAGUGUGAUUACUCUCGUGUGUUAAAACUCGUGUUACUCUUCAGUCAACAUUUGGACACGAAAGAGUGACACCGAAUAAGUAGUAGUAGAGUAGUAGCCAUUGUUACGGGAAUUGGAUGCCAACAUGGAAAAUGAUUCUAAUAAUAAGAGUUCGACAAUUAAUGUACUAUGGAAACGUUUGAAAAAAUCAAUUAUUGAUAUUCACCUAAAUCCCGAUCAAAUAUUUUAUCGUAUUGGCCUAAGCAUAGGAAAUAAACCAUGGGUUUGGUUAAUCGUGUCCUUGAUCAUCAAUUGCAUAUGUUGUCCUGGAAUGAUAUUUUGGAAAGAAGAAGUAGACGAUGUUGAACUUUGUUUGCCAAUGAAUUCGAAUGUACGAGCAGAUGCAUUUUGGGUCCAACAAAAUUUUAGGGAUGAUCUUAGAUAUGAAAGUAUCAUCGUAACUGCACCAAACGUUUUAGAACCAGAAGUGUUAAAAUCGAUCAGUGAAAUCGAGAACGAAGUUAAAAGUAUAAUGGUGAAAAAUCAUACGUGGAAGGACGUAUGCGCAAGUUUUUUGACAUGGUUCGAAGAGGAUGAAAACUUGAUAUUCGAAGAUAUUCACAGUUUCGAAUUUUCCGACGAUAUUAUGAAGAAUUUGAACAACACCAUGCUAAAGGAUGGAUGUAUAUAUCAAUCAGUUUUAAAACUCUGGCAAGGAGACGAUAUAUCUGCAUUAACGACAAAAAAAGUAUUGAGAGAUGUGACGAAGGCAGUAAGAGACAAAUCUAAAAACCACAUACUGCACAAUGUCGUACCGUUGUUAUCGGAUAUCGAAUACGACGAAAUGAAUAACGUGAAAUCCGCAAAAGCAACGAUAUUGAAUUGGAUGUUAAAAAAAUCCAAUCCUUAUUCUCCCGAAUGGGAAUUGGAAUUUAUCGAGCGUGUACUCAAUAGAAAUCGUAGUCUACCUUUGGGCAUGGAAAUAUAUGCGGUUUCAUCGAGAAGUUUUAAGGAUGUCUUACAUGAAGUUAUGAUGAAUAACAUGCCAAUAUUAUGUUGCGGAUUAUCAUUAAUUACUAUUUAUGUAUUGUUCAUGAUCGGCAAAUGUAAUGCUAUCGAGCAAAGAUUGUACCUUUCUCUAAUGGGUGUUUCCGUUGUUGGUCAAGCGGUGAUAUCUUCUUACGGAGUAUGCUAUUAUUUAGGGUACUUUUACGGGCCGUUACAUCGUGUAUUACCGUUUCUUUUACUUGGCAUUGGCGUUGACGACAUGUUCGUUAUAAUGCAUAGUCUUGAGAUGCAAUCCGAAAGUGAUAAAGCUCUAGAAAUUCCAUUGCGUAUUGCAAAAGUUGUUCAACAUGCAGGAAUGUCCAUCACUGUGACGUCUUUUACAAAUUUAGUUGCUUUUGGAAUUGGCAUGACGACAAUGAUGCCAUUUCUCAAAUCAUUUUGCAUGUUUGCAACUAUGGGAAUAUUGUUUCUAUAUAUAUUCGAAUUAACUUUUUUUGUUAGUUGUUUGGUAUACGAUGAGAGACGAUUAGAAAGUAAAAGAGACGGCUGCUGUUGUCGGCCAAGAUCAGAGUGGAAACGAAAUGAAUGCAGUCAACGAAAUCUCCAACAGAUCAUCUUCGAGAAUUACAUAGGACCGUUUCUAAUGAAAACUCAUGUUAAAGUUGUCGUAAUAACGAUCACGGUGUGUCUCGUAUGUGUCAAUAUUUGGGCCAUAUUUCAGUUGGAGCAAGAUUUCGAUCCACUCUUGUACUUAAAUCAAGAUUCUUAUCCAAUACGUUUUAAUGAAAAACUAAAGGAAUAUUUUCCUGCGUAUGGUAAACACGGUGCCGUUUAUAUGACCGAUGUAGACUAUUACGAAGAUCGUGAUUCUUUAUUUCGAUUGGUCGAUACUUUGAAAAACAAUUCUUUUAUUAACAAUCGCAUUUUGGAUCCAUGGUUUAUAGCAUUUGAUAAAUGGUUGAACAAUACUAAUAAAGCACAUGAUAUUGAAAGUAAAGAUGAAUAUUAUGGUUACCUUACGGAAUAUUUAUUGCUAACUAUGGAAGGUCAAGCAUAUAUAAAAGAUAUUAAAUUUGAUAAAUUACCUAUUGGUGAUUACAACAUAACGUCCUCUAGAAUUCCAAUACAACACGUUCUUGUUAAUAGAACAUCGGAUCAAAUAAAAGCAAUGCAAUCUAUGGGUGAAUUGAUAGAGAUUACUAAUUUGUCUCAUUCUCAUGUAGUCAUAUAUUCCCCGGAAUAUGUAUCAUGGUCAGCUAACAAGAUAAUUGGAGAAGAAUUAAUCAGAAACUUAAGUUUAGCAAUAGUAGCUAUUGGAUUAGUAACAAUACUUUUAUUGAGAAAUUUACUAGCAUCAUUUUGGGUCAUUAGUUGUGUAAUAUUUACGCUGAUAGAUCUUUUAGGUUCUAUGCACUUUUUAGGAUUGAUUGUUGAAAUUUCAUCUAGUAUUCUUGUUCUACUUUGUAUUGGAUUAGCAGUAGAUUAUGCUUCACACGUAGGAUUAGAAUUUAUAAGAAGAAAAGGUUCUAAAAAUGAACGCGCGAUCACAACAUUGAAGAUUAUCGGGCCACCUGUUUUUAAUGGAGGCUUUAGUACUUUCCUUGCAUUUGUUUUACUAGCUUCUAGUAAAGCGUAUCUCUUUAGUACCUUCUUCAAGUUGUUCACCGCUGUGGUAGCAUUCGGAUUGUUUCAUGGACUGUUAUUUUUACCUAUUAUUUUAAGCUUAUUGGGACCAAACGAAAGAAAAGUAACAAAUAAUACUCCAAAAGAAUGCGAUAUGAAAGAAGCUAAUGGAUAUUAUACUGUUCAUUUACCAAACAAAGCAGAAGAUGCAGGAGGUGGGCGAGAAAACUAACUAUUCCAAUGUUAACAAAGACUGAAUAAAUAAGAAAUUGACUAUGUGUUACUUCGAUGCAAGA